AUGUCAAGUAACGUCUUUGGGAAUACCACUCUCAGUAUCGAUAACUUUGUCGACACCAGUUUUACUGGAACUUUUGCCAACCUCAAGGAUGUUGCCGGUCUCAACCCCCUUGAAAGGCUCUGGGCUGCCUAUUAUGGCUACAUUGGUAACGAUCUUUUCGCUACCGGGCUUCUUUUCUUCUCGAUCCACGAGAUCAUGUAUUUUGGCCGUUGUUUGCCAUGGUUCAUCAUUGACAGAAUCCCAUAUUUCAACAGAUGGAAGAUUCAAGACACAAAAAUCCCAUCGAACAAAGAACAAUGGGAAUGUGCUAAGUCAGUGUUGAUCUCCCAUUUCCUUGUCGAAGCCUUCCCAAUUUGGCUCUUCCACCCACUUUGUACCCGUAUGGGGAUCUCGUAUUCUGUCCCAUUCCCAUCAUGGUCAAACGUUGCUAUGCAAAUCGCCGUUUUCUUCGUGAUGGAAGACGCUUGGCAUUACUGGUUCCACCGUGGGUUGCACCAUGGGGUUUUCUACAAGUACAUCCAUAAACAACAUCACCGUUACGCCGCGCCAUUCGGAUUCGCCGCAGAAUACGCCCAUCCAAUUGAAGUUGCCUUACUCGGUAUCGGGACCGUUGGUAGUCCAUUGUUGUGGCUUCAUUUCACCGGGGACUUGCACUUGUUCACCAUUUGUUUGUGGAUUUCUUUGCGUUUGUUCCAAGCUGUCGACGCCCAUUCAGGUUACGAAUUCCCAUGGUCAUUGCACCACGUCUUGCCAAUUUGGGCCGGCGCCGACCAUCACGACGAACAUCACCACCACUUCAUUGGUAAUUAUGCCUCUUCUUUCAGAUGGUGGGAUUAUGUCUUGGAUACCGAAGCUGGGGUCACCGCUAAGUCCACUCGUGAAAGUAAAAUGAAAAAGGCUGCUGGAAACAUCAAGAAGAACAACUGA